UAUAGCACAAAGUCAUGCGGGACGGGCGUACGUUACGUCUCGACGCUUUCUACGUCCGCUAGAAGGAAUUCAAAAUUACAGCACGCGAGAGCAAACAGUCAUGUGACGCGUGUUUGCGAAUCAACAUCUGGAGCCGGUCAGUAUUCGCUGCAAGGACCGGAAGGAACGCGGCAGAUGUCAGGACGUGUCUCCGCAUUCGUUGCUUGCAAAGAUCGCUGAACGCCUUGAGGGUCCUUGUCGGCACAUCUUUGGGACCGUCAGCAUCAUCAUGUGUGGGCGGACUGCUUGCACCCUGGCCCCCCAUGAGGUCAGUAAGGCCUCCCGAUAUCGCAACCGCGCCGGACAGUACCGUAGACCUCGGUGGAGAGAGGGCGACUCGGACAAGUACAGACCCUCUUACAACAAAAGCCCGCAGUCCUUCAGUCCGGUCCUGCUGUCCCUGAGACAUUUCAACAAGGAUGCUCCAGUGGAUGAGUGUGUCCUUGCAACUAUGCGGUGGGGCCUUGUUCCAGCUUGGUUCCGGGAAAGUAACCCAAACAAAAUGCAGUACAGCACCAGUAACUGCCGUAGCGAAAGCCUUCUGGAGAAGAAGUCGUACAAGGACCCUUUGUUGAAAGGCCAGCGCUGUGUUGUCCUGGCUGAUGGCUUCUAUGAGUGGAAGAGGUCAGAGAAGGAAAAGCAGCCAUUUUUCAUCUACUUCCCUCAGAGUAAGACUGAGGGAGCUGCGGAUUGGCAUUCCGUUGAUGUAAAGAGUCCGUUUUUUGAGAAACCCCUACCAGAACAACUGGAGAAAGACAAAAGUGAAUGGAAGGGUUGGCGACUCCUAACCAUAGCAGGUCUGUUUGAUGGCUGGACUCCACCUGCUGGCGGAGAAACACUGUAUACUUACACUAUCAUUACUGUCUCUGCAUCUUCAGGGCUGCAGAGUAUCCACGAUCGGAUGCCAGCAGUGCUGGAUGGAGAAGAAGAGGUGAGGCAGUGGUUAGAUUAUGGUGAAGUCCGUUCACAGGAUGCCCUUAAAUUGCUGCAGCCUAAAGACAUACUGACCUUUCACCCUGUCUCGUCAUUUGUCAACAACUCGCGCAACAACUCUGCCGAGUGUUUACAGCCCUUGGAGCUUGGCAGCAAGAAGGUGCAGCCUUCUGCUAGCAGUAAGGUGAUGAUGAGCUGGCUACAGAGUUCAUCACCAGGGAAGGAGAAGAAGCCAGGAGCUACCACCAAGCGGAGGGCACCUGAGGAAAACGAGAAAGGGGGAAACCUUCUACAUAAAUGGCUUACUGGUAGUUGUCAAACCAAAAAACCAGCAAUGUCUAACUAGAAGGAACAAUCUGUAUGAUGGACAGCCUUCAAGGACCUGCCCAUGCCCUGGUAAAACUGCAGACACUUAAGGGCCAGUAGAAGAAUUACAAAGGCAGCUGGCCUGAGGAACUGGAGGAGCAGGCAGUUUGGCAAGAAUUUUGGGCUGAGGCGUAGAGUAUGGUUUUGUGCUUUUGCUGCUUGCCUGAAAGGGGUGCUCUUUUGCUAGGUUUGU